CCAAGGGUCACCAGCACCCAGAGGCCUGUAGAGCAGCAGAGCCCUGAAGGAGGUAGCCAGGCCUGGGCUCCUCAGCAUGCAGGUGCCAGCGCACUGACCCACACCCUAUCCGAGGAGGUGUCAGGCAGCCCUGCGCAGCCCCAGCCCCUUGCUGCCUCAAAGCACGCCACGGCCUCACCUUUGUGUGAGCUGCAACAUGUUUACCCUCCCACUUCCUUGUUCUACUUAGGCACAAGGACCAUAAACCACCCAGGUGGCACAGUUGAGCCCUCACUGGCACGGAGAGGUGGAAGAGGAGAGGGAUGGCGGCCAAUCCUCUGCUCCAUGUCAGAAGGGUACCCCGAGUGCCACCGUGGUGGUUGGGAGCGCAGCCCUUCCCUUAGGGCUGGUGCUGCCACCUGGAGUGGGUCUCUCAUGCCUGCUGGCCACCCUCAUGCUGGGGUCCAGGAACACACCAGGGGGCAACAGGUCCUACUUCCCCUUCUUCUCGGACUUCAGGGGCCACAAUGUGACAGCCCUGCGUGUUGGUGAGUCGUCUGCCCUGGCCUCCAUCUUUUUGCUGGCCUUGGUGGGAAAUGUCUGGGGCAUCUGCUUGCUGGUGCGGCGGCAGCAGCACCGCUUGAGCGCUGCCAACUGCCUCGUCCUCAACCUCUUCUGUGCCGACCUGCUGUUCAUCACCUCCAUCCCAUUCAUCGCCGUUGUGCGGUGGACGGAGUCCUGGGAGCUGGGCAACUUCGUCUGCCACAUGCUCUUCUACGUGGUGAGCCUCAGCGGCGCCGUCGUCAUCCUCUCUCUCUCGGCCGUCAGCCUGGAACGCGUCGUCAGCAUCGCCCGACUGCGCCACGCUGCGUUCCGCCGCCGCAAGGCGCUGGCCGCCGCCCUCCUUUUCAUCUGGGGGUUUGCCGCCCUCGCCACCCUCCCGCUCUGCUGCUUCUUCACCGUAGUGCGGCUGCCUGCUGCCGCCGGUGAGGACAUUCAUAUUUGCACACUAGUUUGGCCCACCAUUGCAGGAGAAAUAGUUUGGGAUGUGACCUUUGCUGUUGUUUUCUUUCUAAUACCGGGAUUAAUCAUUGUCUUCAGUUAUUCCAAAAUCUUACAGAAAAGUACUUAUGGCUGGUACAGAGCCAUGAGGAGAGAAACCAGCUUAUCUAAUAUUGAGAUUACAAAAGCAUCAAGACGGAGUUUAAAUGCUGGUUUAGCCUACUCAGAAAAUCAUCAGAUUCGUGUUUCCCAGCAAGACUACAAACUAUUCCGAGCCCUCAUUUUGUUGAUGAUUUCAUUCUUUAUCAUGUGGAGCCCAAUUAUGAUAACUAUUAUUUUAAUUUUAGUCCAGAACUACAAACAAGAUUUAAGUAUUUUGCCAUCUGUUUUCUUCUGGAUAGUGUUAUUCACUUUUGCCAACUCUGCUGUCAACCCGAUUUUGUAUAAUGUUGCCCAUUUCAGGCGUAAAUGUGAGGAAAUUCUUUUGUGUUGUACAGGGAUCCCUUUAAGGCAUGGUGCUGGGACAGAAACCACUGCAAGAAGAAGUAACCAUGAACAACCACAUUUAUCUUUUGUCACUAAAUAAUUGUUUAAAGUCUAAGCUGUGCAGCACUGUGGGUGUCAGUGUCUACACUAUAUCAGGUUGAAUAGGUCACUAUGUGAUAGUAUUAUAUGCCAGAGAAGGAAAAAAAAAGCCCCUAAAUCUGUAUGUUUAAUUCAGGUAAAAUUCUCUUGACUUUACUGUUCUGCCUCAGUGAGACUGGGACAAUUUAAUCCAAUGAAUUGUAUUCUUCAUUUACACUGAAAUAAAUAGGAUUAAGGCAGUGAAUUUGGUGAAUGUAAAAUAGUGGAAAUAAGUUCUUUCAAGAUUAAUUAAUUUCUGUGAGGGUACAUUUUCAGUUGGCAUAAAUGUCAUUAAUGAAAGUUAGAGGGAGUCUAUAUCAAGAAGGCAAGUGAUCCAUUUUUACUCUUUAUUUUCUGCUGAGUAAGAGAGGUCAACCUUCUAGUGAAAUGUGUAUUCUCUGAAAGUAUUUGCUCUUCCUUUUAAUUUAAAAAGAUACUUGAUUAUAUGCCUCAACAGCUGACUACUUGAACGUUAGAUUGAGCAAACAAAAUUAUAAACAUGGAUUAUCAUCAAGUGAGUGAUGAAUUUGGUUCCACCUCAAAAAUAUGGACUUAAUGCCUGUCAGUUUAUAAAUAGUAAAUAAAUAAUGGUUUAUUUGUUGUGUGUAA